AUGACAGAUAUGAAUUAUAAAAAUGAUCUUAUUCAGAGAGUACUACUCGUGGAUCCGGAAAAAUUUGAGAAUAAUAUCCUCAGGCAAAACCGACAGCAUGAAAGGAAAUUUGAGUUUGAUGCAACAUUUGGAGCUGUUUCAAAUCAGGAGGACGUUCAUGAAACCACAACUGGUCCCAUAAUCGAAUCAGUUGUUCAAGGAUACAAUGCAACUGUUUUUGCUUAUGGAGCAACUGGUUCUGGGAAAACGUUUACUAUGAUAGGUACAAAAGAGAGACCCGGAUUGAUGACACUAAUGACAAAAACAUUGUAUGAAAAGCUGGAUAAUCAAUAUCAAGUUUUACUCUCGUACAUGGAAAUCUACAAUGAAAUAAUACGAGAUUUGCUCAAUCCUAGUGGUGGCGACUUGGAACUAUUGGAAGAUGAACGAGGAAAUAUCAGAGUACCUGGCUUGUCAUCUGUGAAAGCUCCGAAUCUCUCACGAAUCAUGCAAAUAUUGCAAGAAGGCAAUCUACGACGCACUCAGGAAGCGACGAUGGCGAAUAAGACAAGCUCAAGAAGUCACGCGUUGCUCCAGGUGAUGAUAGUCAAGAAUCAAGCACUUCACAGCAAACUUUUCAUGAUAGACUUGGCGGGAUCGGAACGUGCUUCAAACACUCAAAAUCGAGGAAUACGUCUGAAGGAAGGAGCCGCCAUAAAUCGUUCUUUGCUGGCACUUGGGAAUGUCAUUAACUCUUUGGCUUCAAAGACUACGAAAUAUGUCAACUAUCGAGAUAGCAAACUAACAAGACUCCUGAAAGAUUCGCUUGGCGGAACUGCAAGGACAUGUAUGAUUGCACACGUGACGCCAUCAAGUUCUAAUUUUGAAGAGACAUAUAACACGCUGAUGUAUGCAUCAAGAGCAAUGAAUAUCACAAAUAAACCCGUUCGUAAUCGACCUGCCUCUGCGGAUCAAGUUUAUGCGGAAGCGAUGAAUGCGAUCAGGAAGGAAAUGGGAUCCCAGAUUAAGAAUUCGUCAUCAAUAACUGGAAUAGCUGCAAGGAAUGGCUUACCUGAAAGAAGCAGCAGUCGAUCUCGUCCAAAGUCCAUCUCACGAAAUAGCAGUCUGACAAGAGCUCCUGCUCCGGUGCCUAUAGAACGUGGGCGAGGAGGCUCACUUUUCACACAGCUCAAGGAGCAAUAUAUGACACUGUCGGAUAAACAGAAAAGAUUGAGAGAAAAAUUGAUGGCAAUUAAUCAAGAAGCCUACGCUCUGGAAAUGUCACUCAUCUCAAAGAAUGCAAUCAUCAAUGCGUGGGAGAAACAUCAUCAAGACAAGACGACUGAAAGUAUAGAACGAUUGAAACAGGAUGGUGAAAUACAACGAGUCCGUCUUGUGGAGCUUUCCGAUCAACGAACUAAAGUGGAGAAGGCUUUGAGAAAAGGAGAGGAAAAUGCGAGUGGGCUGGAAUCCCGGAUGCGAAGCCUGGCAUCCACUAAUGAGCAGCGAGAAGUUGUUAAAUUAAUGGUGAAGAUGGCGGAGAUAGAAGCACAGAAAAUUUCCGCGUUGUCAGAUCUAGCUAUCAAGGGACUCAUUAUGGAUAGAACCGACACGUCGAUUGCCAAACUUCAAAAGUAUGAAAUGGUCGCUGAUAAACUGAUUGACGGAAAAUUAGAUGAUCCCGACCGUAAGAAACUGGAAGAAGAAUAUCGAGUGAUUAAAAACCAAUUCCACUAUCACCUGCUUCCACUGAAAAACAUUCAAACAACGGUCUCGUGGAAUUCAAUGUUACUUCCAAAAAUUAAUAACAAUAACAAUACGAUCAUGAUAGAAGAAAGAUUGAUGACAGCCACGAAAAAGAAAUCCGAAAGCUCAUUACCACUUAUUGCCAAUGGAAGAGAAAAAUAUCCUUCCUCUUCUGCAGAUUCUACAACUGAUGAUGAUCGACUCAACUCUCCGGUUACUGAACGUUUGCCAAACAUUUGA